AUGGAAAACCAGGUGAAGGCGUUUCCUAUCCUUCGCUUUCCAAUAAUUGUGAUUCAAGAAGUUGUGAGCAUGAUGAACCCAUUCGAAAUAUUAUAUUUCUCAUUGUUGUCACGUAUUGCCAAACUGAUUGGACAAAUGUGUUGGAGAACCAGUCGUCAUAUAGACUACCGCUUUGAUGUAGAGAUAUGCAAAAAACCGUUUAUCGCUUUCACAAAAGAAGAACGACGAUGGGUGUAUGCGAUCUCUACAGAGAUGGAUAAAUCUGAUCAAAAGAGGAAUUGGACAGACAUUGAACUGCAAUACAAGUACUACGAGAAUCCAAUAGGAGGAUUGAAAACGUGGAUUCAAGUUGUACAAAAAACUUUGAAAGCGACUCUCCAGUAUAUUAGAAUAAAUAUCGAUGAUUAUCCUACUCAAAACAGAGUUUUAAUUAAUUGGAUCAAAACUCAGACAUCAUCAGUGGAAAAAUUCGUUAUUGAAGGCAGCAAAUUAGCAGAUGGUGAUGUUACGUAUUUUUUGAACACCAUAACAGCAAAAUGGGGUUUGUAUCUAGAUGCUAAGCUCAGUGACCAAUUCACAAUUAAUUUUCCACGUACUUUGGCGGCUUUUUAUGUUCAUCAUGGAGAAUGGAUCACAUGGGUACAACUAUUAUUGAUUCCGGCAUUGAGUAUCUCUAUUGUUCACUCUAGUUUGACACCACAAGAAUUGAAGGUUUUCUUCGAGUUAUGGAUGGAUUCAAAAUAUCACGAGAAGUUGCGGUAUAUGAGUAUUGUCCUCGAGAGUGAAGAACACCUUGAAGCAAUUGCAAGUCUUCUACAUACUCCGAUUGAUAAAGAAGGCUCAUGGUAUCUGGACACUUUGUUUUUCAAAGAUACGAUUCAAAAUGGCGUUGAAAUCAAAAGGAGUGAUGGAGCGACAGCGUUUCUUGGGCGGUUUCAGAGUCCUCAUUCAGAAUUCGGGCUUAUCCGUUUCUGCCUAUAUUCUAAUGGGCUCUGGUCGGUUAUUUUGGUCCUUAGAAUUAUUUUUGGUCCUUAG